UCCACAUCUUCUUUUUAUUCGUCGUCUUCUUCACUACCGUCAGAUCGGCUGCUUACACUGGUAAAGAGCUCUGGUGUUUCUUGCACGCCAUGAUAUACCCCAGCUUUCAUAUUAGCUUCAUAACAGAACUCUGAGCGUGGCUCUGUCUGGACUCCAAGAUGACAGACAUUGUGAGCAAAAGAGCUCACUAUUCACCGCCAUGGGCAGACGUGAGCAUCAUUGGCAUUGCUGGAUCGUCCGGAUCUGGUAAAUCUACUUUAUCUCACGCUAUUGUGUCGAAAUUGAGCCUUCCUUGGGUUGUGAUUCUUUCUAUGGAUUCAUUCUACAAAUCCUUGGACGAAGAAUCAUCGCGCAAAGCUUUCCGCAACGAAUACGACUUUGACUCUCCUGACGCGAUCGAUUUUGACGUUUUGGUCGACCGACUGCGUGACCUCAAAGCUGGGUACGGAUUCGCUUCCCAUGACAUUUUGGAAAUCUGAAGGCAUCCAUGGAGAGGGGUCUAUUCUCUCUCCUUCAAAUCCACGGAGUAUUGUGUGCUGAAUUGUUUCCAGGAAGAGAGCCGAGAUCCCAAUUUACUCUUUUGCAAAGCACGCAAGAGAGAAGGAAACAACCUCUAUUUACUCUCCACAUGUCUUAGUAUUGGAAGGAAUUUUUGCGCUGUAUGAUCCAAGGGUCCUUGAGCUUUUGGAUAUGAAGAUAUUUUGUGAAGCAGACGCCGACACAUGCUUAUCUCGUAGAAUACUUAGGGAUGUCUCCGAACGUGGCAGAGAUAUUGAAGGCUGUAUUAAACAGUGGUUCCUUUACGUGAAACCAAAUUUUGAGCAAUAUGUUGAGCCACAACGGAAAGUAGCAGAUAUAAUCGUCCCUCGAGGGGUGGAGAAUCGUGUUGCCAUUACAAUGGUAAUACAAUACAUUGAACGAAAAUUGAUCGAGAAGUCCAAAGCUCAUCGAGCAGAGCUUAAGACGCUAGGUCAGAACAGCGAAGACGAGCCUUUAUCCGGAAACGUGCUUCUGCUGGAGCAGACUUCACAGCUUCGGGGUAUGAAUACCAUCAUCCAAGACAUAGACACCUCUACGGAGGACUUCAUAUUUUAUUUUGAUCGCCUGUCCUCGCUACUGGUUGAACAAGCAAUGAACAGGAUUUACUUCAAGGAGAUGAUCGUAGAAACUCCUACUGGGAACAGGUACCAUGGCUUGAAGGCGACCGGGGAGACCAGUGCGGUUGUCAUCCUUCGUGCAGGUGCUGCUUUCGAGACAGGCUUGAAACGAGUUCUUCCAGACUGCCGGACUGGUCGAUUGUUGAUUCAGUCCAAUGUCAGAACUGGAGAACCUGAACUACACUAUCUGAAAUUACCGGAGCACAUCGAAAGUCACGAUAGUGUCUUGAUCCUCGACCCGCAAAUGAGUAGUGGCGGUGCGGCUCUCAUGGCCGUGCAGGUCCUAGUUGACCAUGGAGUUCCGGAAGAGAAGAUUGUAUUUGUUACUUACUUUGCAGGACGGAUGGGCUUGAUGAGGUUGACUAAAGUUUUCCCAGAAGUGAAGGUUGUUGUUUGCACAAUCGUUGCUGAUUUUGAGGAGAGGGUAUGUUAGGCUCAUCUUAGUAUCCUCCUUCAAGCACCAUUCAGCGCGCCCCGCGAUCUUUACUUCAUGAUACCCAAAGAAUGACAGGGUACGCUAAAAACUAACUUAUGAUGCCAGUGGAUCGAGCGCAAAUAUUUCGGCUGUUGACGCAUCGGGAUUAAGAUAAGAAGCAGGUACCUAGACUACUUUUGCUCCGCGUCGGGUCUGUUGAUAUUCUUUGGAAUUGGAAACGACGGUGAUAAUUAAACAUCAUUGGCUUGGUUGUUCCUGAGCUAUCGCCUCAAAGUUGAAUCUCAAUGCCACAAGUUCGAUACUCUGGUUCUGGCAUGUGGGCACAGGACCUACGAUCUGAUUACUAGCAAAAUGGCCUCUGCUGGAGCUUCGCCAAGACGCACACAUGACCAUGUAGGUAGCUAGUACCUACUUCUCUCUGUGAAGAGCCGCGUGUGAGUCCAUCCGUCAUCCAGCUUAGCUGCCAUUUAGUCAUUGUGAAUGGUAUUUCCC